GGGUGUUAGCACUGAUGCUGUCGUCAUAAAUGCUGCUAUGGCGCCACGAAAACGUUGUCGCUACUCGACUCCCUGGUGGAAAUUGAAACUGCCUUCUGACGAACCACCGCUUUGUGAGCUUAGUAGCGAGGAAGACCUGUGGAAACCGCUCCCUCCUCCGGGUGCGCAUCAGGCAGAUCGGCAAGGAAGCAUAUUAGCAGGAACCAUAUUAGCUGUCAAGGACCACGUAUAUGUACCAGCUCUCGAUCUGCGCGUUGUUAGACGAGAUGACGAGAAUGUUGAGGGCAUAGAUGAAAACUUUCCUGUUGCUGAUGAUGAUGAAGGGCUGCAGGAGAAGACUGUGCCAGCACAUGAAUGCAGAAUGAAUAACGGCAGAGAUUCAGCUGUUACUGGUCACGAAGUGGAAGAUCAAGAAGCUCAGCUUCUAGAAGAAGCUAAUAAUAAUCUACCUGGAGUAAGACAUGAAAUGGAAGGCCAAUCGAUAAAUGGCGUGGAAGAAGCUAACAAAACGUCUGUCAUCCGAAAUGGACAGGCAGAACAACGAACACAGUUCAACAAAAGAGAGAAUGCUGCGACUGGUUCAAUGUAUAAGGUGGUAGAGCUACUGGCACAGCCCAUGGAAGUAUUCAACAAUAGAGGUGCUGCCACCCAUGGUUUGUCUGAGCAGCGGACACAGUCUUUGCAAAGAGCCAGCAGCGGAACUGGUGCUAUUCAGAUAGUUUACAAGAAACACACACAACCAAUGGAAGAAGCGAACAAUAGAGACAGCGCCAGGCGGGGGCUGGUAAAUGAUGUAUCACAGCCCAUACAUGGAGAGAGUAGUAAAGCGAGCACUAGUCGCGGUUUUGUAAAGCAACGACCAGAGCUUGUGGAAGAAGCCAACAGUAGAGCUGGUGUCAUACUGCAAGGGGCAGAGCAACGGACGCUGCCUCUGGGUGGAACCAACAUUAUUGCAAGUGUCAGACACGAUUUGACAGACCAACAGGAAGGGCACAUUCUAGUUGCAAACAAUGGAGAUGGCACUAGACAUUGUCGGGUAGAGCAGGAUCAACAUGUAGGAGCCCAAAAUGUGGUCGGUACCAAUCACAGAAUUAUACAUCAACAGUCGCAGCCAGUGAAAGUGCCAAACAAUCGAACUGGCGCCCAGGAAGAAAGACUUCAGCAACAGGAAAAACUUGGACAAAAGGCCAACGAUAGUGCUGGCGACAGUCCAAGAGUAUUAGAGCAAAAGUGGCAGCCCAUGGAGGCAACCAUAAUAGCAGACUUCAAUACCAAACAGAUACUGCUGGUGGCAGGAGGGCAGUCGACUCAGUCGAUGGAAGGCGCCAACAAUAGAACUGUCACCAGACAAGGAGCUUUAGAACAACGCGGAAAGCCAAUGGGAGACGCCAACAAUAGACCUGGAGUCACUCAGGUAGUAACGGAUCAACAAGCACAGCCCACAGAGGGAGUCAACAAUACAUCUGUCGCCAGAUAUGGUCUGGCAAAUUUUCAGCCACUGCCCUCGGAUAAAACUAGAAUCAAACCUUAUUAUGUAGACCCUGGACAAACACAUGGAUACUUUUUGGUUGAACCUGGAACCACUUACAUAGUUGUACACCGUAAGUCGCAGCCAAUGGAAGGUGCUAACAAUAGAACUGGAGCCACAGGAGAAGUACUUGAGAAUCGGGAACAGCUUGUGCAAGAAACCGACGACACACCUGACGACAGUUCAACACUAGAAAACGAAGCAUCCAAAGUAGGAAAGUGCUGUGGCAGACAUGCCGUGCUGCCAUUGAUACUAGCUGAAAUAGAGCAGCCAGUGGAAGAAGCCAACAACAUAACCGACACUAGACAAGUAGUGUUAGAACAAUGGAUACAACCUAUGGAAGAGGCCCAGAACAGAGUGGUGGCUCAACAAGCACAGCCCUUGGAGGCAGUCAACAAUAUAGCUAUAGCCAGAUAUGGUCAAGUAGGGUAUCAGGCACGGCCCACAGAUGCAGUCAACAAUGGAAAUGGCAACAGACGUGGUGAGGUAGAGCAACAGCCACCAAACUUGCAAGUAUCCACUAGUGCAGCUGGAGGCAGGCAAAAACUUGUAGGGCAAGCAGCACAUCCCAUGGUAGGAGACAACAGAGUAACUGCUGCCAGGCAAGAAGUGGUGGAGCAUCAACCACAGCCCAUCCAAGGAGCUAACACUGCAUCUGGAAGUAGAUCUAGAGUCUUAGAGCAACAGGUAGUGCCAGUGGAAGAACGCAACAACAGAGCUGGCUCCGGCGGUAGGGAUGGAAACAGUCAUCUAGCACAGGCUGUGGGACGAGCCAUCAGUAGUAGCUUCGCCAGGGUUGGAAUUGUAGAGCAGGGGGCACAGCCAGUGCAAGGAUCCAACACAGAAGCUGUGAGGAGGCGGAGCAUGGGAGAGCAUCUUGCACAACCUGUGCCAGUGGAAGAACGCAACAACAGAGCUGGCUCCGGCGGUAGGGAUGGAAACAGUCAUCUAGCACAGGCUGUGGGACGAGCCAUCAGUAGUAGCUUCACCAGGGUUGGAAUUGUAGAGCAGGGGGCACAGCCAGUGCAAGGAUCCAACACAGAAGCUGUGAGGAGGCGGAGCAUGGGAGAGCAUCUUGCACAACCUGUGCCAGUGGAAGAACGCAACAACAGAGCUGGCUCCGGCGGUAGGGAUGGAAACAGUCAUCUAGCACAGGCUGUGGGACGAGCCAUCAGUAGUAGCUUCACCAGGGUUGGAAUUGUAGAGCAGGGGGCACAGCCAGUGCAAGGAUCCAACACAGAAGCUGUGAGGAGGCGGAGCAUGGGAGAGCAUCUUGCACAACCUGUGCCAGUGGAAGAACGCAACAACAGAGCUGGCUCCGGCGGUAGGGAUGGAAACAGUCAUCUAGCACAGGCUGUGGGACGAUCCAUCAGUAGUAGCUUCGCCAGGGUUGGAAUUGUAGAGCAGGGGGCACAGCUAGUGCAAGGAUCCAACACAGAUGCUGUGAGGAGGCGGAGCAUGGGAGAGCAUCUUGCACAACCUGUGCCAGUGGAAGAACGCAACAACAGAGCUGGCUCCGGCAGUAGAGAUGGAGACAGUCAUCUAGCACAGGCUGUGGGACGAUCCAUCAGUAGUAGUUCCGCCAGGGUUGGAAUUGUAGAGCAGGGGGCACAGCCAGUGCAAGGAUCCAACACAGAAGCUGUGAGGAGGCGGAGCAUGGGAGAGCAUCUUGCACAACCUGUGCCAGUGGAAGAACGCAACAGAGCUGGCUCCAGCAAUAGAUAUGGAGACAGUCAUGUAGCACAGGCUGUGGGACGAGCCAUCAGUAGUAGCUCUGUCAGGGUUGGAAUUGUAGAGCAGGGGGCACAGCCAGUGCAAGGAUCCAACACAGGAGCUGUGAGGAGGCAGAGCAUGGGAGAGCAUCUUGCACAACCUUUGCCAGUGGAAGAACGCAACAACAGAGCUGGCUCCGGCGGUAGGGAUGGAAACAGUCAUCUAGCACAGGCUGUGGGACGAGCCAUCAGUAGUAGCUUCGCCAGGGUUGGAAUUGUAGAGCAGGGGGCACAGCCAGUGCAAGGAUCCAACACAGAAGCUGUGAGGAGGCGGAGCAUGGGAGAGCAUCUUGCACAACCUGUGCCAGUGGAAGAACGCAACAACAGAGCUGGCUCCGGCGGUAGGGAUGGAAACAGUCAUCUAGCACAGGCUGUGGGACGAUCCAUCAGUAGUAGCUUCGCCAGGGUUGGAAUUGUAGAGCAGGGGGCACAGCUAGUGCAAGGAUCCAACACAGAUGCUGUGAGGAGGCGGAGCAUGGGAGAGCAUCUUGCACAACCUGUGCCAGUGGAAGAACGCAACAACAGAGCUGGCUCCGGCAGUAGAGAUGGAGACAGUCAUCUAGCACAGGCUGUGGGACGAUCCAUCAGUAGUAGUUCCGCCAGGGUUGGAAUUGUAGAGCAGGGGGCACAGCCAGUGCAAGGAUCCAACACAGAAGCUGUGAGGAGGCGGAGCAUGGGAGAGCAUCUUGCACAACCUGUGCCAGUGGAAGAACGCAACAGAGCUGGCUCCAGCAAUAGAUAUGGAGACAGUCAUGUAGCACAGGCUGUGGGACGAGCCAUCAGUAGUAGCUCUGUCAGGGUUGGAAUUGUAGAGCAGGGGGCACAGCCAGUGCAAGGAUCCAACACAGGAGCUGUGAGGAGGCAGAGCAUGGGAGAGCAUCUUGCACAACCUGUGCCAGUGGAAGAACGCAACAGAGCUGGCUCCAGCAAUAGAGAUGGAGACAGUCAUCUAGCACAGGCUGUGGGACGAGCCAUCAGUAGUAGCUCCGCCAGGGUUGGAAUUGUAGAGCAGGGGGCACAGCCAGUGCAAGGAUCCAACACAGAAGCUGUGAGGAGGCGGAGCAUGGGAGAGCAUCUUGCACAACCUGUGCCAGUGGAAGAACGCAACAACAGAGCUGGCUACGGCAGUAGGGAUGGAGAAAGUAAUCUACUUAGUGCCAGGCAUAGAAAUGCAGAACGAGCACAGGCUGUGGGACGAGCCAUCAGUAGUAGCUCCGCCAGAGUUGGAAUUGUAGAGCAGGGGGCACAGCCAGUGCAAGGAUCCAACACAGAAGCUGUGAGGAGGCGGAGCAUGGGAGAGCAUCUUGCACAACCUGUGCCAGUGGAAGAACGCAACAACAGAGCUGGCUACGGCAGUAGGGAUGGAGAAAGUAAUCUACUUAGUGCCAGGCAUAGAAAUGCAGAACGAGCACAGGCUGUGGGACGAGCCAUCAGUAGUAGCUCCGCCAGAGUUGGAAUUGUAGAGCAGGGGGCACAGCCAGUGCAAGGAUGCUGUGGUGAAGCUGUUUCUGGAAUAAGCAUAGGAGAGCAUCGUGUACAACCUGUGCGUAUUGCCAGGCAACACGUAGUAGUGCAACGCGCACAAUCCAUGAGUGCGGCCAACAGGAGAGCUGGCACUAGCAGGGGUCGUCGGAAGGGUGAGGGCAGGUGGCAGCCUCCUGAUUCAACAGUCGAUGAGGACAACAGGCGAAUUGUUAAAGAGCUUCCACGCGGAAUGCACUGGCUUCGCACAUACACUGAUAAUGAGGCCGAGGGAGUGGUUAUUGAUGGUAGCAAUCCAUCGCAGCGAAACCGCUCACAUGCUUAUGAGGCAGAACGCGAUACAUCUUCACCCGAAGUCGUCGUCCUCGCAGAGCUGCCCCCAUCUCGUAUCUCAAGGGCCGUGGGAGAUUCACCUUCCAGAAGCAGCAGCAGUAGAGAUGAACUUUCGCCCGAUGUCAUCUUAGUCGCAGAAAUUCCGACGGGACGUAAUGUACGGAUGAUGAAAGUCUUGUCGAGAAAAUGGCGAAUCAUCCGUCACUGUGGCAGUUGUCAAAUGUGUCCUAUAGAGAUGAAAGGGUCAAGGACAAUACAUGGGCUGAGGUUGCCAGUGAAACUGCAAAAACAAGCUAUCUGCCCCAAUCAACAGCAACAGCAAAGCGAGGCCCAGCCAAGUGGCUCAGCCCAGCAAGGCAGUUCAGCCCAGGCUAGUUUCUCGCCUCGUCCAGGUUGCUCAUACUGGGGAGAGGGCUCAGCCCAGCCAGGUUGCCCAGUCUCAUCACGUGCCCAUCCCCAACCAUGCCACUCGUCAUCUUCAUGUGGCUCUCACCGACCAUCAGCUCAGGCAGGUGGCUCAAGAUGGCCAAGGGACUCAGCUGAGAGAAGUAGCUCAGUCGAAUCAGGUGAUUCAAGCCGAGCCAGUGGCUCGUCUGAGUCAGAUGGUUUAAACCAAACCAGCAGCUCGACUGAAUCAGAUAGAUCACUCCAAACUAGUGAAUCAACUGAUUCAGAAAGUUCAAGUCAAGCAAAUGGCUCAGCUGACUCAGAUGGUUCGAGUCACACGAGUGGCUCAGCUAGGCCAGAUAGUUCAAGGCAAGCCAGUGGCUUAGCUGGGUCAGUUGCUUCAAGCCGAGCCAGUGGCUUAUCCAGGUCACGUGGUUCAUCAUCACCCAGCGGACCAGCGUCCUCAAGUGGCUCAGCGAGGUCCUCUAGAACAGCACAGGCGGGCAACUCUCGAGAUGCAGACUCAUUCUCCGAGGACACUACUUCAGAUGACUCAUACGAUGAGACGGACCUGAGCUCAAGAGUUCCUUCUACUGACACUCGCAAAGGUCAAAUAGCGUUUUUGAGGAGGCGUGACAUAUACAAAGGUAUUGACUUCUACGUGACACAAGUUUAUGAAUAUAAGGAACUUAUGGACUUGUCCAGAAUUUUUGAGUUGAGCUCAGUUGAUGAGGACACUGAUAUCGACAUGUACAUGCCAGCGGGGAAUGAUUCUGAUGAUGAAGGGGAAGAAAGUCAUGCUACUCGUGGCCAGAUAUCAUUUUCACAAGGUGCAGAGGCUCAAUUUAACAUAAUAUCAGAGAUUGAUUCUGAGGAGGAGGAGGAGGAGGAAGAAGAAGAAGAAGAAGAAGAAGAAGAAGAAGAAGAGGAGGAGGAUUCUUCUGAUGACCAGGUACCCACUGGCAAGAAAAUGAUUGUUAAGCGUCAGAGGCCAUCAACAAAUGGUCGUACAAAAAGGAAGAAGAUUCAAGUGAAGAGGAAAUCACAAGCUGGACGAAAGAAGAGAAGGAAAAUGUGAAAUAGUUCAGAGAUGAACACAUCUUUCUGGUUUAUUUACUUCAAGAAAUGAUUAUCUGACUUAAAAAGAAAUAUGUGCCAAGUUAGAACCAAAUAUUAAAAAUUGACUGUUUUAUAUUAUUGUUAUUAUUCACGGAAUUAUCUGUGUUAAUUGUGAUGUUGCCUAUAUUGUGUUAGUUGUUAGCAAUAUCCCAACAGUACUGUAGUAAGCUAGUGUAAUAUGCUAUUUAAUAUGUAUUAUUGGUGUCUGUCAUCUGCAAAAAAAUGUAUUUCCUUUGCAGCACAAACAUCAACUGAUAAGUGAUGUGUAUCUUGAUUCACACAUAUUUCAGCAUCUCUGUGCCGUCAUCAGUGGUAACAUAGAGAGAGGUGUAGAAAUCUAUUUGGAAUAGAAUCUAAAACAAAUUAUUUUCAAAUGGCAUAACAUUUUACAUGAUGUUUUACCAUGGCACAAAAAGAGUUAAUCCUCCUUCAUACAUUGAUUAAUUAUGUUACCACAUUAUGUUUGUGCUAUGAUGGGAAUAAUUGCCCUGUAUUUACUUAGUAGAAAUCUAACUUCUUUAUAGAUAUCAAUAUUAAUAGGCUCAUAUUAUAGCUGUUAAGUUACUUCUUAUUAUUAAGUUCAUUUAUUUCUGCUGGUGACUGCAGUCAUAAUCAGAAUCACAUAUAAGGAAUCUGCAAAAAUUUUUCAAGGUCUGGGCUGUUCCUACUGUUGUAUGUACAAGUGAUAGAACUGGAAUUUUUAAAAUUCAUAUUACAAGGUCAUUCUAAUUCUCAUUGUAACUGUACAAGACGGUACCUACAUAUCUCCAUGAGUGAUGAGAAGUUAUUACAAGAAAUUUUACUGUUCUUCUCAGUAAAUCCAUUGUUUCUGCUGUGUCAUGAGAUGUGGAACUAUUUUUGUAUAUAGAUCUCCACACCAACAGUCUUGUAUAUCUUUGUAGAGACUGACAUAAAUAGUUUGUGGAGUAAUAAGGUUUCUGAGUCACAGUGGAAAAUGUAUGGGAACUUUAGUUUUUGAACAUGCAAUUGUACUACAGGAAUAAAGAUCAAUAGUUAUGAAACUGUACACUUUUGAUAUGUGAAAAGAAAUUAACAAUUUCAAACUUAACAAUAUAUUUUAUGUGAAUUUGGAAUACUUAAAACAGCUAUUUUUAAAUAAAAUAUACUCUAUUUUCGACUCAUUUCUCUGAGACACCAUUAUGUGAUUUGUUUCUUAAUCUUAUGUAUUAAUUAUGUAAUUCCUGUAUAUUUUGUGUUUAUAUGUUUUUUUGUGGUUACAUUUAUAAUCAUUUCUUCUUUAUCACUCUAUAUUAAUACAAUUUUUAUGCAGUUGUCGUAAAUCAUGUCUCUUUCUUGAAUAGCUUGUUCCUUAUUUUGACAUUAACACUUUAUUUAAUUAUUCUGUAACUGGAUGAUUUCACCAUUUUGCACAUUAUUGUUGUAUAUCAUAAUAACAAUUAUUAUACUUACAGUGUAUUAUAAUCCACACAGCUGUGUGAAACUCUUCUUAGGGACAUCAUCACAUUUAACUUUUUCGCCACUCUGCUGUGUGGGUUAAAUAUGCUGUAAGCAUAACAGUUUUUAUUGUAAUCUAGCUUGAUAGUGUCCUCGGUGUGAAAAUAACUACCUGCCUAAUGAUGAAAUAAAGUGCUUAUUGCAAAAUAAAAGAACAGCCUAUAUAGAAAAAUCACUUCCUUUAAGUAUAUUAAUAUUGACUCAUAUAUACUGAUUGUAUGCUUCAGUGUAUAUUUUGAUAUUUAGUAGAUAUUGAUGUAUAAUAUA